AUGCCGGGCUACGAGAUGCUGGUCCGAGUGGCUGAGGGCUCCGCUGGAGCAUGCGGAACCACGGCAAAUAAUGAACUCGUGAGUAAGCUGUUGAGAGCUGGGGCCGACGGCGGUGUCGGCUGGCGGGGUUGUCAUGACAAGACGCUGCUGCAUGCGGCUGCGAAGGGCGGCGACGCCCUAGUUGUGUCGCUAUUGCAAAGGGCAGGGGCGCGGGCAGACUUUGAGGCGGAAGCCCCCGGCACCGGCCAUACACCUCUCCAUCUUGCGGUACUCGGUGGGAACGCGGCUACUGCAAAGGCGCUAACAAUGGCUGAAGCGGAUGUGAACGUUCUCGACGCCAUGAAUGGUGGCCCGCUCCACCUCGCUAUCCGAGAGGGUCAGGCGGGAAUCGCCAAGGACCUGUUGCUAAGCGAAGCCGAUGCCAGCCUGGUUGGCUCAACUGGUGAGUCCCCCAUUGACCUCGCGGUCGACAGCGGCCAAGACGAUAUAGUGGUGGCCUUGGCCCACAAGGGAGUCGACUUGGAAGGGGUCGCCGAACCUCCACUGCUAAGGGCGGUGCGCCAGGAUCACAUUUCCACUGUGAGGGUCCUGUUGGCGGUUGGCGCCAAUGCCAACAACCCCUUUUCAGAUUACGAUUACGGCACGACGGUGCUGCAUUUCGCCGCGGAAACCGACAAUGCGGUCGCAAUCCCAGUGCUGAUCGAGGCCGGGGCCAGUGUCCAAAGCAGUGACAUGUACGACGGAACCCCGCUGCAUUCUGCAGCUACGCAUGGCUCGUGCACAGCCAUGCGCGCUCUCUUGCAGCUGGGAGCCGAUAUCGACGCCAAGUGUGGUACGGGGUCAACCGCUUUGCACGCUGCGUGUCGACAAGGCGAGGCUGAUGCAGCGGACCUGCUAUUGAGAUGGGGUGCGAAAGAAACAGCCGUUGACUUACAGGGAAGCACUCCCAGCGAGUUCAUACCAGCCAUCGCCGAAGCUGCGGACGAAGAUCACAGGCGACUAGAACGCCUAUCCAAGCUGCUAACACGCGCCCCGCAGGACAGGGCCUGGCGUCGCCGGGGCUUCCUGGCCUUGUGCCGCGCUCACCCAGACAGGUUAAGGCUCGUGGUGGAGAUCCCGAAGACGGCAGAUGAGGCUUCGGGGAAGCAGCCGCAGGAGCAGGAGCGCCCUAGUCGCCGUGCUAGGAAGGGGCAGCAGUCGAAGGUCGACGUGGAAGUGGACGACGCACACGGCAGCGUGAGUGGAGAGGGCAGUUCGCGAGCCGGGAUCGUGAGGGUUGACGGCAAAGGUGACGGCGGAGGGUUUGAGUUUGCGGCGGGCUGGCUGGUGGCGCUGGCGGAGGAGGACGUGUUUCGCAAGAUCGUCGGGUUCUUGUAG